AUGUCAAUCUUACUCGAGCAGAUACACGACAGCGAGCCGAGACCAUGGGCUUUGACAGCGGUUUAUUGCAUCGUCCUCUUGGCCGUGAUUGCUGCUGGCUGUGUUUGCUGGACCUCUCGCAACAGAGGUAUCUGGACGUCGUCGUCCCGCAACGCAAGCUGGAUAGCGGGACCGAAGGGCAAGCCCUUCAAAGGUAACCUUGAUGACCUCAAAACGAACGGUGCUGCCAGCUGCGAGGCAUGGUACGCUCUGUUCAAAAGGCACGGUCCUGCCUAUGAGAUGACUAUUCCCUUCUUCCGAAUGCAUAUCAUCAAUCAUCCCACAUAUCUCGAGCACAUCCAGAAGACAAACAAAGACAACUAUAUACGUGGCAAGUUCACCCGGAAUGCAUUCGGCUCACUCCACCGAGGAGGAAUUUUCGUUGCGGAUGGCAUCUCACACCAGACUCAGCGCAAAGCAGCAGUCCACGCAUUCAGCAAGCGGAAUUUUGAGACACACAUCACAGCAGCUGUCCACUACUGGCUAGAUAUCUUGCUGCGCCUGCUAUCGAAUCUGGCGAAAGACGACCAUAAAUUUGACUUCCAGGAGAUUAUGGGUCGCUUGAUGUUCUGUCUGUUCCUACGCGUUGCCUUUCACGAAGAUGCACUUGGUCGAGAAAUUCUGUCAGAAGAUCCCAGAUGCCUUGAAACGAAGCCAGCUUUUGUUGCUGCUUUCGACGAAGCAACGCUCCUUUUUGAUCGAAGACGGCGCGAUCCUAUCUGGUGGAUCACCGAGAAGCUCUCGGGCGAAGACAAGGUCACCAGCAACGCAGUGUCACUAUUUUACGAGAAGAUUGAUUUCCUGAUCGAGAAGCGCCUCGAGGCCAAGAGAAAUGGCUAUAAGUCUGAUCCGAGCAAAGGAGUGGAUCUUCUGGACCUUUUCAUGGAAUCGACUACCGACAAAUACUGGCUUGGUGGACAGAUCUACUCAUUUCUGUCGGCUGGUCGCGACACAACGACCUACAAUACAUCAUGGUUCAUGAUGGAAAUCUUCCACAAGUCAAACGAGCAUCUGGAUGCUCUGAACAAGAUCAGAACUGAAGUCGCGGAGCAUGGCUUCACCGGCUUCCUAAAUUAUACAGACGCACCUAGACUUCGCUUCACUAACGCAAUGUGGGACGAGUGUACCCGACUCAACACCGUCUCCCCUGCCGGACAGCUAGAGGCCGCCGAAGACGACAUCCUUCCUGCAGUACCCGAGCUGAACAUGCCACCCCGACACGUCAAGAAGGGCGACGUGGUGUCUUACCAGAAUUACGUGAUGGCACGUAUGCCACAGAUCUGGGGCGAUGAUGCGGCUGUCUUCAAUCCAUAUCGGUGGCUCAAAGAGAAUGAAUACCACGCCUGGAACGCCGGACCACGAUCUUGUCUCGGCCGGUCUCUCGCUACCUACGAGGGCAUCACCAUCGCUGUUGCGAUUCUGCAACGAUUUGAUAUCAUCUUGUCGGACCAUGAACGGGUCUACGAGCCGUUAGCGGCACUCAACAUGGGCAUCAAAGGCGGUUUGCCCAUGAAGCUGCGAGAGCGAGACCACAAAUAG